AUGGGAAACAAGAGCAAGAGCAAGUGCCAGAUUCGUCUCGAAGCCCGUUCACGUGCCAAUUGUGCAUUAGCUGGACGUACUAUGGAUCCAGAACUUCUUGCCGCUGAGUUGCAAUCUCGAAUUGCGCGUGCAAAUGAGAUUCGUGCCAUUCACACACGACAACUUGCAACUCGAGCACGUGCUCGCGUGCAACAUGCACAAGAUGUGGCACGUGGAAUGCGUGUUAAGCGACAUGAAGAGAUAAGAAAUUUUCGUCAAUCAUCAGUAUUGAAAUUAGAUGAAGCAACACGACGACGCAACAUGCAACUGCUGCAAUUACAACUUCAAUGCAAACAACGUACUGAUUUAAUUCAGGAAAAAGUUGAAUUGGUACGAUUGGAUCAAAGCAACAAAGCAGCUAAAGCACGUCGAGCUUUAAUGGGACAAUUGAACGACGCAGCUCGACGUCGUCAUCAGCAGACGCAACAACUCGUUCGUCGGUUAAAUGAGCGAUGGCAAAGUGUCGAAAGUGUAAAAGAUCGAGUGGCACGUGUGAAAUUUAUUCAACGGUGGUAUCGACGCCAAGUGGUAAAUUGGAAAUCGGCAUUAGCUUUGCAACACGUGCAACAUGAUGUGAAACAAGUGGUUCAAUGUUGGACACAGAUGAAAGUUGCAAGUUUUGACGAGUGUAUGAAAUUGGUGCAACAACGUCCAGUGGUAAAAGCGGCACAACGAUUGGUUCAUGUACUUACUGGUAAUGGCCACAUGCAAAUAUCACAUGGUACAAAGAAUAAAAUCAUGAGUGUUCGUGUUUUGAUGAUGGCUGGCAUGAUUUCUUGCCAUCCAAAUGCUAUUAUGGAAAAGGAAAAUCUCUCAAAGAGAUUGCACUAUGCUGGUAAUGUGAUUGUUAUGGAUAUGGAACAUUUAGCACUUUGUUUAGCUGCAAUGCAAAAUGUGCAACGGACACAUGACUUGACCAAGUGUGUGGCACGUUUAUCGGCUCGAUUUGCUUUUUAUACUGAAACAUUUGCACGUUGGAAAACACGAGAUGCGCAACGAUUAGCAAGUGAGUUGCUUGUUUCAUAUCGUGAAGUGGUACUAGUAUGCCACAAAUAUGAGUUGCAAGCACAAGUGGCACAUGAUGGAGGUGAUGGUGUACAUGAGUUGCUACGACAAACGCAACGACAAUUGGUACAGAUGCAACAAGCAUUGGAACGAUUACUUGGAUUACAAACUGCAAAAGAAAAGAUUGCAGAAUUAAUGCAACAAGUAAACGCAACUGGUACAAAGGAUACGCAAAUAGUAUCUGAAAAGGAAAACAUUACAAUGCAAAUGGGUACUUUGGAUGAAAAAAAUGAGAACGUGAAAAUGCACGAAUCUAACGUGCAACAAGAGAAUGGUACAAGUGUAAAUGCGACACUUUUAACCGAUGUCAUUUUGGUACAUGAACUGAUUCUGAAUCCACAGUAUCAGAUUGUGCGUGAUCAAGAUUUAGAAAAUGCAACAAUUUCUAUAGCGUCAUCUCAGUCGGUGGCAGCAGUUGCAAUUCGAAUUCGUAAUGCAAUGACAAAAGCAUUUUGGGAUCAAAUUGUCCAAUCAAAUGAUGUUCGGACACUUAUUGCUCGUACAGAUGAAGUGCGUACAGCUUUUCGAAAUGCAUUAGCAGGUGGUACGGGCAUUUCUUUACGUGGUGAAUUGUUAACAUUAGCAAAUGAAGUUGAUUGUGCAUUUAAUUCAACCGAAUUUUAUGAUUUGAUGCAAGAUCCAGAUAGAAAUAUGAAGAUCUUACAAAGUCGAUGCAAUUCUGUACUUGAUUGUAUUGAAUGUGCUGAAGCUCCUGCUCGUAUUGUGAGUACACGAGAAUUCCGUAAUGAAUGGACUCAAAAGAUUGCAGCAAAUGCUUUGACUCCAAUUGAAUUGUUGGUGACAUUUCUAAUGUUUGUUAUGGAUAAAAUGGAUGAAUUACGAAUUGAUGUAUUGAAUGCACAUUUUAAACUUUUAGCCACGUAUUUACAACAACAUGGUGUAGCAUAUGAAGAGAAAAGAGUACAAGCUCGUCUUGGUGAGUUUGGAAGUAUUGAUGCAGGAUAUCCAAAGACUAUUAAAUGGUUAACGAUAGAAAUGGAAGCAUAUGUUGUACGAUCAAUAAUUGAUGAGAUGGAACUUGUACGACUGGCUCAGUACAAUGGUACAGCUUUUAAGCGAUUUGUACGUACAAGUAUUUGGGCAUUAGUAGAAAAACAUAUCGAUGGGACAGAAUCUCGAGUCUGGCCAGAAACGUUUGAACUUGAUGUAUCUCGUAUACGCACUUGUCGUGAUACAUUGGAUCGAAUUACUGUCGUUUUAAGUCUUGUAGCACUUGUUCAAGAAUAUGCUGUACGACGUCAUUUGAUUGUACCCACGAUAUUCUUUCAAACUCUUAGUCAUCAAUUGAAUAAAAUAUUACAAUCACCUGGUAUCUCGAAGACACAACUUGCAGCUCAAGCAAGUCAUGAGAUUUGGCAGUUUGAAACUCGAAAAGAUGAUGAGAUUGAAAGGAAGAAACUAAAUGAACGACUUGUUGGAGCAUUUGCUGCGGAUAAUCCUGUGUUUCAUCUUUUCUUUUCACGUGUAGCACGAACUUUUGAAACUGCAGUGAGAUCAGAAAGUGAUGAGGAUGUAAAAGACUUUCAUCCUUCAUUAACUUUAUUUGCUGAUGAAAUGAUUCAAGCUAUUUCAACACUACGAAGACUUGUGAAGCAUAAUGAACGUGUAUAUGCUGCACUGUAUAACAGCAUUAUUAAACGCUUGGUGUAG